UACCUGACCGAGACAAGCGGCAGAAAGGCUCGUACACCGAGAGAGAACGGUGGACUCCAUUGCUGUCCCGAGUGUGUUUCUCGUCGGCCGUGUCCGUAUUGCGUGUCUGUCCGCGCUUUCGUGCACACGAGUUUUUCUAUCCCUCCACGUUCGCCCCCGGGCAAAACUGUGAAACCACCGGUAAACCUUUGUGUCUAGUGUCCAAGCGAUAUCCGAAAUCGUCAAGCGUACCGAGACGUAAAACGGGCCAAAAUGGCUGAUCAACUCACAGAAGAACAAAUUGCAGAAUUUAAGGAAGCAUUCUCGCUAUUCGACAAAGAUGGAGAUGGUACCAUUACAACCAAAGAGUUGGGUACAGUUAUGCGAUCGCUAGGUCAAAAUCCUACAGAAGCAGAACUUCAGGAUAUGAUCAAUGAAGUGGACGCAGAUGGUAAUGGCACAAUCGAUUUUCCGGAGUUCUUAACCAUGAUGGCUCGCAAAAUGAAGGACACUGACAGUGAGGAGGAAAUUAGGGAGGCCUUCAGAGUAUUUGAUAAGGAUGGAAAUGGUUUCAUAUCUGCAGCGGAACUUAGACAUGUUAUGACAAAUCUCGGCGAGAAACUUACCGACGAGGAAGUAGAUGAAAUGAUUCGGGAGGCUGACAUUGAUGGCGAUGGUCAAGUUAAUUAUGAAGAAUUCGUCACAAUGAUGACAUCAAAGUGAAUGCAACCUGUGUAAUGGAAAAACUUGCAACUCGGAGUGGUGUUGACGUAUUAAAAUAAAUCAAGAAACAAAGAAAAAAUAAUGUUAACAGAAAGCGAAUCGACCAGAAAGUGAAAAAAAAUCUUAUAUCUGGGCGCAAUGAUGUCUAUAAAACGCGAAAAGUCAACGUCCAACACGCGUUAAUCAUCAUUAACGAUAAGUAAUACAGGGCAAUUGUUUAAUUAAAGAGUUAUACCACUAAAAUCAUUAUCUUUAAAUACACAAAAUACUUAACCACACACAACAUGAAACAUAAAAGGUACAUAUUACACGCGCACAUACACGGAUACAACAAAUAUACAGCACACAUACAAAACAGACACGUACGAACACAAAAGAUGAUUUAUUUCCGUAUAAAAGAGUAUAAUUAAAAUCGUUAGAGAGAGAUAUAUAUAUAUGUAUAAAAAAAAACAGACGCGCGCAUGUUUGUUGAUGAUAAAAAGUAAAUAGUAUGUUCUCUUACUUUCAUCUCUUUUUGGCCUUUUCCUGUUUCUUCUAUGCACGCGUGAGCGAAAAUUCUUUCCUACAAGUUUGCUUUAUCGAUUCUGCUACUUUCCAACGUACUAAGACAAACUCGAUCGAUAGGCGGGGAGAGAGGAAAAGCGUUAAAAGAAAGGAAAGAUCUACGAGCUAUUAUAACGUAUCGUGUAAGUUCGUUUAUUGAUCGAGAUAGAUUGAGAUUUGUUUUAUUUGUUUCUCGAUUGACGAAACGCACUUACGACGAAUGUCAUCGAUACAGCAUACGUCGUAGCAAAAUUUUAUCGGUAACGUAUAUAUAUAUAUAUAUAUAUUUAGCGUAUACUUGUUUUAUUACAUUAAAGAAAAUUCGGAUUAGAGAUCGUUUUCCAGAGUUCGAAAAAAAACAACGGCUUCGACCUUUGGCUUCUCGAUGAUUCCGUAUACACUGGAUUUCUUGUUGCGCCAUAGCGGAUAACUUUAAUUCCUCUAAUAAACCAAGAAAAAUUUAUCAAUGAAAAAGUGUACGAGGAUGAGAAAAAGAAAAGAAAGUGAAGAAACCUUGAGAUGCUCGGGAAUACAUGUAGUGCUAUCUCGGACCCUACGUUUACGUAGAGCCUGAAGAAUCUACGAAUCGAGUCGUAUCGAAGUCUCGACAUUCCUAGUGAAGAACUUUCUCUAUGCUUUUUCAAACUUCGUUAUGCCUUCAAUCUAUAUAUACAUGACACGCAUUAUACACAAAAAAAACACAUAAAACACAUUUCACCAAGUGCGUUCUGUAUCCAAUUUCAUUCUAAUCUCCCGUUUGUAUCUUGUCUCCACUGAGAAAGCCUUAAAAACAAAGAGAGAAAAAAAAAGAACUCGCGCGCGCGUUACACAACGUCGACACCACUUUUGUUGAAAUAUAAAAAGAAACAACGGAGAAUUAGGGAUGAGGGAUUAAAAGGAGUCAAGUCACAGUGAUCGGUGCAUUAUAUUUUCCUUCGCCCAGGGGUGCGUGCCAGUCUCGUAAGCGGAGCAACUAGAACCGGAGAAACUGGUGUGAUUUGUGCGAUUCGUACGAUAAUGUUACUUAAGAACUAAGAGUAAAGAACAGACACCGAACAGUGGGAACACAUGCGUGUGCCGUCGGUGGUUCAGUCAUAAUAUAUAUGUAAUAUAUAUUAUAUAUACAUAUGUAUAAUAUAUAUGUGUGUAUGUAUAUAUAUGUGUAAAAUCUAUUAUACGUAUAUAUAUAUACGCGUAUAUGUAUAUAUAUAUAUAAAACUAAUUUACGAAAAAAAAAAGGAAGAAAAGAAGAAAGAAACAAUUCCUCCACAGUCCUUUAUUAUUUAAUAUUGAAGUGAACAAAAUGAGAAGUACUUGUAUUUCUGGUGACCUAGAUCGCAUUGAUCAUAAAAAGACAAAAUAAAUGUAUCUUCAUUUGUAGGUCACAACUA